AUGGCGACUACAAGAAGUAUCGCGUUCAUCACUGGCGCAAACGGCGGGCUUGGUCGAGCGAUUGCCGAAAACCUGGCGGCCGAGCAUUCAUACCACACGAUCAUCGGAUCUCGUGACUUGACACAAGGCGCAGAUGUGGCAGCAUCACUUCGAGACCGCGGGUUUUCCGCCUCCUCUGUGCAACUAGACCUGACCUCAGAUGACUCCAUCUGCGCUGCCGUGAAGCAGAUCGAGGAGGAGCAUGGGAAACUCGAUGCACUAGUCAACAAUGCCGGGCUCCUUCUUGAGCUCAACGGAAUCAGCAUGCCACUACGAGACCUCAUGAACCAGACCUUCCAAGUCAACGUUUUUGGAACGGCAGUCCUCACCGAAACAUGCAUUCCACUGCUUCGGAAAGCUGUCGCACCUCGCGUCGUUUUCGUUGGCUCAGUGAACGGCUCAAUCACGAAAGCCCUUGACCGAGAUUGGGAGUUAUACGGGAUCGAUUUCCCAGCAUACAAGACGAGCAAGGCGGCUAUGCACAUGUUGGCGGUCCGGUACGUCGCCAAACUGGAAGAUAUCGGGGGCAUGGUCAAUGUCGUUUGUCCAGGGCUGGUCAAGACCAAGAUGGUGGACUUCAAUGCCGGCGGCCGUUCCCCUGAUGUUGCAGCACUGAAGGUCGUCAAGAUGGCUACGUUGGCAAAGGGUGGGCCUAACGGCACAUUCUCUAAUGAGGAGGGUGAAUGCGCCUGGUAG